UCAUCUUCUUCUUUUUCCUCCGCUUCGUCCAGAAGAAAUCCUAGAGUGGAACAAUCUAACGCCAAGAAACCAGACCAAUCUGACAGCGAAAAUCACAUUCACAGUGAACCAGAAAUGGAUAACCACCCGAGGAGUCUCUCUCGCGGAUCUCGUGUUAGUUUUUCUGACGAGGUGGAGACCGAAAUGGCGCGUCGUCGUCAUCGUGACAAGAAGAGAGAUGAACGAAAAUAACACCGUGGCGGAGACGAAGAGGAAAGGACAGACGACAUGCUCGAAGAUCGGGAAGGAGGAGAUUACACACUACGACAACAAGGUGAAGAGGAAAACGAUACUGCAGUCCAGCAAGAGGACGACAGUCCUUUUAGUGCACGUGGUCAGCGCAUCAGUACAACAGAGAAAGUAGACCGUGGUGAUGACAGAAAGUCGAAGUCAAAGCGUGGCUCGAACGGAGAACCAUGGAAGGAACAGGCUCGAAAAGAAGUAGAGGAUGUAGAGAGCCACCACUUCCAAGACGAACCAUCAGAACUACAAGCGCCUGUGUUCGAUAGUACAGCUGCCGAAAAUCCAUUUGAUAGUGACAGUCCUGCAAGUAGUUCUUCGUCUUCAGGGGUUGACUUCGAAACCCUAGUUUCUGCGGCAUCUGCGGUCGCUGCAGAACGCAAUUCUAGUAGCUCGGAAGCAGAGAGUUCUUUACUACUAGAGGCAAGAGGUAGUUUCGAGGAAAAUAAGGUACACUAGGAUGAAGAACGUAUUAGGAUGGAGACAAAUCAACAAGCGAGGAGAGUAACAAGCGUGGAGGAGAAUAAUAUCGGCAAAAGAAAACGCGAUCAAGGGAGUCUCUGGUGUCAUCCUGUCGGAUCUGCAGGCGAGAAAGAUGUGCUCGGGAAAGGUUUACAAGAAGAAAAAGCACGAGAUCGCUACCAAGAUCAGGAUCGUUUGUCGAAACAAUCUACUACUGCGCCUACAUCAAGCUUCAACACCGACGCCACAGCAUCUUCUACCAGGUCCACUUCAGCAAUGAUCACUCCAACAAGUUUCAGACCUGCGCCGCCGCUCAAAAUUUGUUGUGGUUGUGGUGAACCUAUUCUCAAGAACACUGCUAGUAGUAGAAUCUCUAGUGACUCCACUUCUAGUCUUGGCGCCGGACGACACUCGACUGUCAAUAAACCACAUAAACGUGUAUCUGAACUCCAUUUCCACGACACAUGUUUCGCCUGUACCAGCUGCCACGAACCCUGUUUACUCGAUGUAGCUUUUUUUCUUGGUGAAGAUGCGACCUAUCAUGCCAAUCUGUGGCCAUCGACCAAGGAAUAAAGCUUCCUCUAAGCAAGGACUGGACUACAGUAGAACAAGACUUUGACUCUGUUUCGCAAGGAGCUGCAAUGUGAAAAGUUGUAGAUUAAAUGCAGAGAAAUCAAUGAUGUUGAUGUUGAAUAUGGCUUGACAAGAUGUUGAAUGCUCGACACAUCCUUGUCUACGACACUUGUUCAAGUCCUCAUCCAUAACGUAAUCAGGAUGAUCAUCUACAAGCACCUCCAUCCACUACUUCGAUUUUAGUCGAAGCCCAUAAUGAGCUUCUUCUAAUCCUCCACGUGGAAAACGUAUCCGACGCCCAUGGUCGUUUCCGAUGCGACUUAUCUGACGCAAGAAGUGGCCAGCAACUACUUCCGCAAGGCUUACACUCCACAUCCAGAUGAAAUAUUGUAUAUGACUUUUUAUACACUCGUUCCUGUGAUCCGGAUGAAAUUUUGAAGCGGGACUGUUGAAGCAAGUAACAGAUAACGAACAUGUUGUUAUAGCAUUCAAUUUACAUAUGCUUAUCGAAGACGAAGAACUAUUUAUUUCAUGUUGAAUGAGUCUUGAUGUUAUAAUAUAAGAGAACGAACGCAUGCAUUGUAGUUCUUCGCAGUGUUACUGGAAAUUAUACCUGCUGAGUUCCAACACCUAAUGAGUGUCCUUGUGGAAAGAUGCUGAUGGUCAAGAAAUGUUCGACAGUGAUACAUACUGAUGGCCGAAAAGCAAGACUCGAU